AUGGUCGAACUUAUGGUCAAUACCUCGACGGAAGAAUUUUCUUCUCUAAAACAGUCCCACACCAGUCUUUUCAACCUCGUAAACCGCAUUCUUUCUGCUGUUCAAAAGAAGUCGGAGGGAGAUCCACUCUCCUGGCUCUCUCGCGAGGAAUACAAUACGCAAUAUAACGAUUACAUUUCGCGUCGACAGAACGGAACUGGUAAUUGGAUGAUAGAGUCGCCGGCUUUUAGAUGUUGGCUCGUUGAUAAUACAAGCAAACCGAUUCUGUUCUGCCAUGGUCCUCCCGGUGCAGGGAAAUCAGUUCUCAUGGCCACCGUCAUCGACUAUCUUCGGACGAGGUUUCGAGGCAACCAGAAAGUUUCAGUGGCACAUAUGUACUGUGAUUUUCGGUUGAAACAUAAGCCAGAGUAUCUACUAGCAAGCCUAGGGAGGCAGUUAGCGAAGAACCAGCCAUCCGUUCCCACUGCCAUUACACAAUUAUAUGAUGAAUGCUGCGAACGUGGAAUUGAAAGUCCAACGGCACAAGAUAUUUCUAAGACGCUUAUAUCACUAUUCGCCUUAUACUCACAAGUGUUUGUAAUCAUCGACGCCUUGGAUGAGUGUCAAGAAAAUGACGGUACCCGGGAACUAUUCAUCUCCCAGAUACUUCAGCUACAAGAGAUUUCCGGGUUUCGACUUAUUGCGACAUCGAGAACAAACCCCCAUAUCGUAAAUAGGUUCAACGGCCCUCGGUGCACGAAGUUAGAAAUACGCGCCUGUGAGAAUGAUGUUCACGCUUACCUUGAUGCGAAUAUAGGUAGGCUUCCUACCUUCGUGGCUCAAGAUCCGGAGCUCUCCGAAACGAUUAAGGCUAAGAUCGCAGCCUCUAUCGAUGGCAUGUUCUUACUAGCGAGAUUCCAUCUUGACUCUCUAGUCGGACAAAGAUCUCCUAAAACUCUUCGCAGGGUACUUGAUAAGAUACCACCAGCAAGUGAAGGAUAUGAUCGUGCGUAUAUAGACGCUAUGGUUCGCGUAGAAGGGCAGCUGCCUGGCCAAGUCGAACUUGCAAAGCAGACCUUGGCCUGGGUGGCUCUCGCCGAGAAACCACUCCACGAGGAAGAGUUACUGACGGCGCUUACAAUCGAGGAUGGCUCGCCAGAAUUCGACAAAGAUAACAUGCCUUCUAUAAAAGAUGUCUUGUCUUACUGUGCCGGACUCGUAGCAGUUAUAGAGGACGAUAAGACCGUCACUCUAGUUCAUUAUACCACGCAAGAAUAUCUUCAACGAACUCUUUCACAGUGGUAUGAGCACGCAAACACAUACAUCAGCAAAUGCUGCCUCACUUACCUGCUAUAUGAUUCCUUGGCCGACCCUUUUUCCAGUCAGGAGGAUAUCAAUGACCGUCUGCGUGGAUACCCUUUGUAUAAAUACUCCGUUACACAAUGGGGCCACCAUGCGCGCAAGGCAGUAAAGGAUUCCGAGAAUGCUGAGACAUGGGACUUGUCAAAUGCAUGGAAGGAAAUAUACCCUUUAGCACGACGCUUCCUAGGAAGUGAAAACAGAAUACAAGCUACGAGUAUAAUUUUCCAACGAAGCCCUCAUAUGACGAACUUACAUUUGGCAGCCCAUUUUGGGCUCACGGCAAUGAUAGGGGAACUUCUUACUGAAGGGAGCGACCCUAACGCUAGGGAUAGGUUUAAGUUCACCCCUCUGUAUAUGGCAAUCGACCAAGGCCAUCUACCAGUAGUACGGAUGCUUACCGACCAAGGUGCAGAUAUCGAAGCAAGAGCAUAUAACGAUACGACACCACUGCACUGGGCUUGCUCUGGUGACAACCCUUUGUCAUCAAACCUUACAGCAAGACGUUUAGCAAUUAUCGAAUUUCUUCUCAAGAAAGGGGCGAACGUCCAUGCACAAUCAAACGAACGCAGAACACCUCUACACCUAGCUGCGAAGAUGGGGAGCCUACGUAUGGUGCACAUUCUAUUAGAGAAUUCCGCCGAUCUCGAGGCCAGAAACGCAAAUGAAGAAACACCAAUAUUUGUAGCUGUCGCUAAUCGCCAUGCAGAUAUGGUUCAAAUGCUUUUGAAAAGAGGAGCCAAAGCGUCCCACGCUACUCGAAAACAGACAUUACUCCACUACGCAGUCAGUAGAGGAGAAUUCGCAAUAACAGAGCAUCUCCUAAACUCAGGAAUUAAGAUUAAUGCCAAGAACUCAGACAAGCACACUGCACUCCACCUCGCUGACAUCGAUCUACCAAUCUUACGCCUGUUAGUAAGUCGCGGGGCAAAUAUCACGGCACGAAGUUAUCAUGGUCGAACGGCUUUAGAGAGAUUGCCCGCGAUGCGUAUCUACGUUGCGAAGCUAGAACUAGCAGCAUCCAGAUUCCACCAAGCCGAAGUGAACAAGCUACUAGAGCAGGGCCCUCCUUUCUCAAAAGAUGAGAUAAACUUCCCGGAAGACGAAGACCCGUCGUACAGGCCCGAAUUAAAGGCCUGUGCCAUUGAGGCGGCAAGGUUCCUAUUCUAUCAGGAGAUCCAAUUGGUUCGCAGAUACCAACUCGCACUUUGGGUGGCGAUUAAAGAAGGAUACGAAUUCGCAGCACUUCAGUUGCUUAAUAAAGGGGUGGACGUCAACAUCGGGUCGCAUAGAAAAAUACAGAGAACUGUUGCAUUUAGCGGCACUAAGGGGUAG